GGGGCACAAAGCGGGGAGCAAGGCGGCUUUUCCCGGGAGCCGCGGGGAGCAAGGCGGCUUUUCCCGGGAGCGUGUGGGUGGCACUGCGUGCUCGGCGCGGGGCAGGUGCGCUCCGGCCGCGGCCGUGCCCUGAGUCACGGCGGCCGCACCGCAGUGCGCUGCGCUGCGCGGGGCCGGGGGACGGAGCGGCGGGGGAAGGCGGCCGGCAGGCACCGGCACCUGCACCUGCCCCGCUCGGCCGGCUCGUGUCCCCUUCCCCCUGUCCUCUCCCCUUUCCCCCCCGUGCCGGCAUCUGCGAUGGCAGCAGCAGCGGGUCUUGUCCGCCUGCCUCCUCCCAGGUGGGACUGCAGAGAAAUUCUGUUUCACAAGCGGGCGCUGAGCGUUCCGCGCUGUGGCAGUUGCUGUUUCUUGUCAUUGAGAUGGGUCGGAUGCUUUGGCUGAUACGACUAAUUUCGAAAAUUCCGUUUAGGAGGCGUUUUCUUCUUUAAUUUCCGCUAAGCCACGUUGUGAAUUGCUGUUUAUAGAUGUUGUAAUUGUUUUUCAAAGAUCGGAAUUUCCUGCUGUCUCACACAGAAACAAUUCUUUGCAAAAAAAAAAAAAUAGAUGCAUUGAAUUACUACUGUUUUGCUGGCUCUGACAAUUUUAUUCAUUUCCCUUAUAUUUAUGCUGGUCAUGACUUGGUGUUGCUAAAAGGCAAAGCUGUUUUCGUCUGCUGACACAUAGGUGACUGAGGAGUCCUGGAAGAUGGAGAGAUUCCCAGGGUGGUUCUGUCUGCUGUCCAGAAGGGCUCUUGCUGUAACACUAGACUUGACAGUGCUGCUGCAGAUCCACAUCACUUUGGGAUGAGCCUCUGGCUUUGAAGGGCUUCUUGCAAAGUUGUUUACCCCCAAAAACAUGCUCAUCUUGCACAUUAUGGUUCUGUUUUUUAUAGUUUCCCCUCUGCUCAACAGUAAGUCAUACAGAGAGGAGAAAAAAGAGAGCAGAUUGGUUUUUUAGCCAUUGGAUGGGAUUUCUUAAGGUUCUUUUGGAUAGGUUUUGUUUUUUUUUUUUUUUGUUUGAUGAGGUUUGGGGUGUUUUGUCAGUAGAAAAAUUAACUAGACUUAAGGUUGAGAUGCAUUUAAAUACUCUUUUGCUGUGAACCUAUCUUGUCAAGUCCACAAUCACUGUCCUGGGAGGAAAAAGCUCUAUCUAAGAUGGUUAAGGUCUGCCAUGCUAAAAUCUUAGAGCUGCAGGCAGAAUUAAGAGCAGUGACAGUUUUACUACAGUUUUAUCAGAUGUAAAGCUUUUAGGAAUACCUUUAAUAUUUUGGAACUUUGAAUACCACUUGGGCUUUAAAGACAAACAUAAAUCAUGUCCUCCUAGCACGAGUGUGGUCCCUUUCUCCCUGCUGUGUCUGCUUGGUGCCUCCUCAGAAUAUCCCACUGUGCAGCAGCAGAGGUUUUUCAGUCGGAGCUGUGAUUGUAGUGCAGAGUCUGUGUGCAGAAAUCUGUCUGAGAACUCCUGCUUCAGAGCUGCCUAUGUUUAAAAAAUUCCUGACCUUCCCAUCUCACUGCUGCCUACGGAUUGCAGCAGCCAUGGAGACCUGAGCCACUGCUGCAGGCACUUGGGAAGAAGCAUGACCAAGAUGAACUGCAUCCUGCUGAGUGCCUGCAUUGUUCUGAUUAAUUUUUGUGGCUCUGGUUAUACCUUAAGAUGUUACCACUGUGACAACAGCCCUACCCUGUGCAGGACCAACAGCACCUGCUUAACGACUGAAGACACUUGCUUGCAGUUGAAAUUUGGUAAAUUGAGAACUUUCUCCUGCUGGAAGUCAUCCCAGUGCAAUGUGAAUGAAAUUGCUGAUUCCUUCCUGCUGGAUAAUUUUGAAUUCUUUUGCUGCCAACACGACCUGUGCAAUGAGAGUGCAAUUACUGGGGUUAACAAAGCAGCCUUCAGUAUUGCUUCUGUAAUGGCCAUGUUAUGGAUGCUCCUGUAAUAAUCCUGAUUUGUAAGAUGUCUUUUCAAGAUGAAGUUACACAAAACCAUUAACAAUUUUCUAUAUAGCAUAUUUUCAGCUCCUGUCCAUAGGCAGAAACAUUCCUGUGUAAUUUUCAGUUGUUUCCCAAGGUUCUGUCUGUUAAAUCCUGCCUCCAUUCAUGGGAAGGAGAUGUGUGUUGUUACCACUUAGAGGGUGUUUUGAUCUGUCCCCCUGCUCAUGGGGAAGAUCAUCUCUUGUGAAGUUACCUUGUGGAGAACCUGGGCAAGCUCCAGUGGGUGAUGUGAAGGAGAAGGAACACUACAGCUUUUCUGACGCUGUUGAGUCAGGGAUGGACAAAAUGACUCCAUGGUUUAGAAGGAGAAAAACAGAGAUCCUUUAUUAAGGAUCCUGUAUUGAAGAGGUAGCGUGCUUUUAUAACCAGGAUUGCUAAGGUGAAAUCUGAUUGGUCUCAAAGUAGAAACCUUUCACACUCUUGGUGAACUAUGAAUAGCACACUCUGAAGGUACAUAUCGAUAAACAACAUGAACAGAAAGAGAGAUAAUAAUUGAUUUUAUUCUUCCUCUCUAAGUUUCCCAGGCUGAAGCCUGGGAGAAUUCUCUUCAAAUGCACUGAGAAUCUCCACACUUUUCUGCUGGAAACCGUCAUUUUUUUCCUGUCGCAUAAACUGUCAUUAUUUUUGGUUGGCAUUUCUGUGGGUUUUGAUUUGUUUUGCUUUGGAUCCUCCUUGUCACAAACCAAGCAGUGGAUUUGCCCUCAACACAAGAAGUGUUGGAUCAUAAGUGUACCUUCCUGCAGUCUUUGUGAUGAAUAUGGAAAUAUUCAGUUUCAAGUCAUGUAAACACUUUGUUCCCAUCACUGUACCUUUUUUUUUCCCUACAAGCCAAUGAUAUAACCUUGUCAAGUGCUGUUAUUUUGGGAGAAAGCAUCUGCAUUUCUUAAGCCAAAACCAAAAUAUUACUAUAAGUGAGAAACACUUCUCUUUUUUUCUUUUAAAUAUAUAUAUUUCUGUGAGCAUGUAGACGACAUGUGAUAGCUUCUUUUUGGAUUUUCCUCAUACAUUAUCCAUGCUUAGGACUUUAGGUGAGCAUGUGCUUUGCACUGGGUAUUUAUUGGUAUACUGAAAACCAAUUAUAAAAUGCUAAGGAGUUGAAAUGGCACAUGUAGGUUACUUCCCCACCUAGUUAGCUUUUGGGUUUUGUUGAAAACAGCGACAUGUAAACUUAACCCUUCAAGCUUCCACCUAAGUGUAGUAAAAUCUUGCAGAACUUUCUUUCAUAAAUGCCAAUGCACAGUGUAGAUGUGUAUUUAUAUAGCAUGAAUAAUACCUGCUCCAUCUGUAGGUGUGAGAGGUCAAAUUUUGAAAUACUUACAUUGCUCUGCUCUAUGGUGGAGACAGACCUUGGGACAUCUCUGGAACCUGGGGACCCUCUCAGUCAGAUGGGGUGCCAGAUCCUCCCUUUUCUUCUUCAGGAGCUGCUGGCAUAUCCCUGCCAGAGUUGUGUCCAUUGCCAAUGGGAUAUCCUCUUCCUGAGGACCCUCACUUGUGCUCGUGACGCCAGUGACAUCAGUUCACCAGUCACAACAAGGGUGUUGUUCCAAAUCCCUGAAUGUAAUCCACAAUGUACCUUUUGGUUGAGCUUACUGUAGCUAUGAAAGUAUCCUGGGAUCUCUCCCAUCACUCUAAUUACAGAAGUUGUCCUGUCUUUGAUAAAUAAAAAUGUCAGAAAAGAAGAA